AUGCGUAUUAAAACAGGAAGUAGCUAUAAUGUAGCUGUCAAAAUAACUCGGCCCCCAAAAAAGCUAAACAUUUUGUAUCAAGGUGAUAUUCAAAUCUGAAAAUGGGUCUUGAACCCCUUGAAUUUGCGGAGUGUUUAACUGACAGUCCUGGUUUUCGUGAAAAGCUUCACGAUCACGAGAAAGAACUUGAGAGAACUAGCAAGGCUAUUAAAGCCCUUAUUAGUGAUGGUAAAGAUGUCUUAGCAGCAUCAAAAAACUUAGGAAAAGCAUGUAAAGGUUUUGCACAGAAAUUAAGGGAUUUUAAAUUUGAAUGUAUAGGCGAGAAAUUAACAGAUGAUGAAGCUAGAAUUGCUGGCUCACUCGCAGAGUUUGGUACGCUGAUAGCAAAUGUUGAAGAGGAGCGGGAAAGAAUGUUGCAGCAAGCACAAGAACAUUUUACUGCUUUAGAGACAUUUAGAAAACAACAAAUUAACUCAAUUAAGGAUGAAAAAAGACAGUUUGAUAAAAACACAGCAAAGACUUGUCAAUCAUUAGAAAGAUAUCUGAAUCUUAAAGCCAAGAUGAAUGAUAACACAUUACAAGAGGCUGAUGCACAGUUAGAUUUAGAGAUCCGAGGCUUUAGAGAAGCGUCCAUGAAAUAUGUACUCAAAGUUCAAGAAGUACAGGAAAGAAAGAAAUUUGAUUUUAUUGAAACAAUAUUAGCCUUUAUGUACAGUUUAUUUACAUUUUACCACCAAGGUUAUGAAUUUAACAUAGAACUGAAAGACUACUCGCAAAAUCUACAAAAAACAUUACAGAAGACAAGAGACAGUUUUAACAGUCAGAAAGAGUAUACAGAAAAUUUGAUGUUAAAAAUGUUGGACAACAGGUCUCAAGUUUACGAGGAUGGGAAACCUAUCACUCAAGCCAAAGGUGGAUGUACGAGAGAAGGCUAUCUGUACCUCAUGGAAAAAAAGAAUUACAGAGCAUCAAAAUGGAUGCCUAAACAGGCAAAAGACUUGACAGAAGCCCUGGGAACAACAUGGAUCAAACAUUACUGCUGGUACAAAAAAGAGAACAAAGAAUUACAUAUACUUCCAUAUAACCAAGUCACAGGAAAGCUGAGCCAGUCAACAACAGAAAAGUUAACAAUGACAUCUUGUGUUCGAAGAGCAUCACAAACCAUAGACAAGAGAUUCUGUUUUGAUGUCCAGGUGGCUGACAGAACUGAUACAUUAACAUUUCAAGCUAUGUCAGAGUCAGACAGAAGGUUAUGGAUGGAUGCAAUGGAUGGUAGGGAACCAGUUUACAUAAAACCAAAGACUACCACAGAUGAUUCUUCAUUAGAUGAUAUAGGAUUCCAGUUUGUAAAUAAAUGUAUCAAGGCAAUAGAAGAUAGAGGUUUAGAAGAAAAUGGAUUAUAUAGAGUUGUAGGUGUUAAUUCAAAGGUCAACAAAUUGAUAUCAAUAGGUCUAGACCCAAAAAAGCGUGAAAAGAUGAAUUUAGAUGAUAAUACCCAGUUUGAAAUUAAAACAAUCACAAGUGCUAUUAAGAAUUACUUAAGAUCAUUACCAGAGCCGCUGAUGACAUACAAGUUUCAUUCACAAUUCAUACAAGCAGCCAAACAAGAAGCAAAGACAUUACGGAUCCAUGACAUUCACACAUUAGUACACAAGCUACCAGAGAAAAAUUUUGAAAUGUUAGAAAUUAUUAUAAAGCAUUUAAAAACAGUAUCAGAAUUUCAAGACAAGAAUUUAAUGACAGUAGCUAACCUUGGUGUAUGUUUUGGUCCUACAUUGAUGAAGGCAGAGGAAGAGACAGUAGCUGCUAUAAUGGACAUUAAAUUCCUUAAUAUUGUUGUAGAAAUUCUCAUUAAUAACUAUGAACAAAUUUUCCAGUCUACACCAGAUGAACCAGAAAUAGGUGAUACUAAAGUGGUUCCAAACAGUAAAAGAACAAUUAUCACAGACAGAUUUACUCCAGGUGUCAAUCAUACAAUGUUGACAGCAAAUACCCAAUCACCAACAACUUCACAACCAGUCUAUGCAAAUAAAGCUCCGCCUCCACCCACAGAAAAGUUUAGACCUAUAGAUAAACCUAUUGAAUUUUAUAAUCCAGCAAUGGCAGAAAGCAGUAGUGGUAGUUCUGAGUCUAUAAAUUCAAGUCAGUCUAAUCAUUUAUCUAACUCCUUACCGAUGUCAGAGAACCCUCGGAAACCUGUAAAUAUGUAUGGCAAUGCAGGAGUACCAGAGUAUGGCAAUGUUAAUGCUUUAGCAAAUAGAUUUGCGUUGAAUAUAGCAGGGGCAGAUAAUCCAAUGUUUGGUAGUGUGAAGAAACGUGGUACCCAUGAUACCCCAUACGUCUCUAUGAAUUCCUCUGGAUUGAGCAUGACAGGAAGUUUAACAGGGAGUCUGACUGGUUCUAUAGCCAGUAAUCAAACAAAACCUAGGCCUAUCAAAAGAACUGUUAGAACACUGUAUCGAUGUGAAGCUGAGAAUGAUUCAGAAUUAUCGUUUGAACCAAAUCAACUCAUAUUUAAUGUUCGAGCUUCCAAAGAACCAGGCUGGUUAGAAGGACAAUUAAAUGGAAAAACUGGACUGGUACCUGAAAACUAUGUUGAAUAUAUAGAUUGAUGCAAUAUUUCUUUUAUAAUGCAAUAUUAAUCUGUGAUCAAAAACUGUAGUGUAUGGGUACCUAGGCAAAAAAAAAGGAUAUACCAUACAGCUAGGAUGAUAGAUCCUUCUACAGAUAAACAUAUAACUUGGUAGAAUAAUAUAUCUGCAUUUUACAGGCUUUUUAUAGUACAAGAAAAUCCACAAAUUAGAAUAAAAUUUGAUGGAGAGAUGUACUACAAACCUAGAAGUCUGUAUUCAUUCUGCUGAAUUAUAAUGAUGUAUUUGAAAGGAUUGGAUAGAUAUAGUGCUGUUCAUAUCUCGCCUUUUAUGUUCAUUUGUAUCAAGUGAGCAAAAUUAGUUAAUAUAAGGUUCACAUCUUUGUAGUGAUAUGCUGAACAAUAUCUUAUAGAAGUCAUGAAAAAUAGAAUCUUAUAUAUUUAGUUUUUGUUACUGAUAUUAUCCAAUCUUUUAAAAUUUUAUUGAACAUUAAAUACUUAUUAAUAUUCAAAUUUCAUAAAUUCUCCAUGUAGAUAUUUUAUACAAUUGUUAUACAGUUUUUUCAGUAAAGAUACAGUGGGAAUCUAUAGGAUCUUUGAACUCAAAUGGCCUUGAUCAGCUAGAAAUUAUUUUGGUUCAUCAGAAUCAUAUUAGAAUAUGGUCUUAGUUCUCCAAUGUUUUGGCGACUACAAAUUUUGGGAAGAUCAACCCAUUGUACUUUUUUAAGUAACUUGCUGGCUACUCUCUCAUAAGUACCUCUUUUAUCAUUAAUAUGAUAGAAAACUUGAUUUUUUACAGCCUGAGUAAGAGCUUUCAGUGUUCCAUUGUAAUUUUUUUAUAGAUGUACAUCAUAUUUUACAGAUUGCUUGUUUUUAUUGUAGAGAUUUUAUCAUACAAGUACUACCUCUGCUUGAUAUGUGUUUCAAUUUUUUCAAGUCAAACUAUGAAAGAUCCAAAUAAUAGAAUCAAUUUUGAUGAAAAUUAGAAUUUUGACAUGCACCACAGGCAAUGAAGAUUACAAAUAUUCGUUGAUUAUUUUAUUUAGUUAUAAUAAUGCAAUUUUUCCAAUAGUGUGUAAGGUAUGAUAAAAAGACAUCUCAGCCAGCAAACAACAGUCAAAUGUAUAUUGUAUAAAUCGGAUUUAUGUAUAAAACUCAAAAGCUGUAGAAGUCAAAAUUUUGACACAAAGUGGCUAUGAAUUUAAGAUAAAAUCACAAGCUUUAUACAAUUUUAAUUUGAUUGAAGAAGGUAACAAUAUUUUGAAGUUCUAUAAAUUAACAGAACUUAUGAUUUGCAGGAAAACAUUGACAUAGAAAUGUCCAUCCUCACAAUUAAAUUAAGUCUGCAAAAUGUUUCAUUGUUAGAAAUUACUUUACCUAUCAUAUUUCAUGCUAAAUUUUCUUGUCUUCAAAGUAUCUUUAGAUAGUAAUUAACACACAAUAUUAUCAGAAACUUCUGAGUAGAAAUUAGUUCAUGGGUUUUUAUGGAGAAGGACUGAAUUCUUUAGAAGAGAAUAUGAAUGGAAUCUACUGUUUGAGUCUUACAUAUUUUAAGAAUUUCAUAAUACUGCUGUCUUAUAAAAUUAUUUCCACCAUCUGAUUUACAUGUAGGUGAUUGGAAAAUGUUUGGACAUCAUUAACUCCAACAAACUCAGCCAUAAAAUAGUUAUGAAUUUCUACAUCUUGAACUUUUCAUUGCUGUAUACCAUUGUUAUCUAAAAAAUUAUAAAUUUUUCAAUCCAGGAUUCAUGAUCUGUUCAAUUUUGAACUAUUGAUGUGAAUAAAAAAAGAUGUUAUGCAUAUGUAAAUUAUGGGAUAAAAAAAAAUACAUCAAGGUCAAAACAUGGUCUUAAAAAAAACCAAGUGUCUAUACAAUACAUAAUCACCUUGAGUUUAUGCUUAUACGUAAUAUAUCAAAUAUGAUGUAAUAAUGUGCAAUGUAUUCAUCGAUUUUUGUUUAGUAUUUUUAUCAGUAACAUGUCUGAUUGAUUAUGAAUAUUUUGUGCUUUGAAUCAGUCCAUUUGUCAUUUAUCAUUGACAUGGUUGAACUAGUCAGUUAAGCUUGGCUUUAAUUUUUUACCAGCUUACUCUUGAGUCACUCCAGAUCAAACAGUUAAACCCAGUUUUUCACACAAAACAACCAGCUUACUCAGUCAUACAAACUAGUUUGGUCUGUUUAGCCUGUCAUUACACAAAGUUUACUCAGUCACAUAAAGAUCACUAGUUCUUGUAAUUUUCAUCAGCAACUGAAUAAAAAAGAACAUGCUUUGAUUCUGUUUUUUUUUCUAUACACAAAUGCUUGUUAUUAAUGUAAAUCAGGUAUUGUUAUGAAUAGACAUAAUGAUUUAAAAGUUUGAAACCAGAUAUUAAAAUAAAAAGUGGGUACACGUAAUGAAAUCAAAUAGCUUGUGUUUUUUUGGAAGUCUGAUACUGUAGAGUGCCCUAUUUUGGAAAAGUUUAAAUUUAGCAAUUUAAAGGACAUGCCCUGUUUUAGGUUUUAUUUUCACGUUUUUUCUAUUAUCUGAUUCUUUUCUUUUUAAAGAUUUACUGUAGGGGAUAUUUUCAUGAUUUUGUCUAAAUUGCAAAGUUAGUGAAAGAAACUUUCCUUGGGUGGUGUAAUAAAAUCUCAUCAAAGAUACCAUUGUUGAGUGAAAAGUUGUUGACAUGAUAAGUUAUUGUGUAUCUAUAUGUGUCUUUGUGUAUCGUUAUGUGUCUUUGUGUAUCUUUAUGUGACUUUGUGUAUCUAUGUGACUUUGUGUGUCUUUGUACAACUUUGUGUAUCUUUAUGUGAUUUAGUAUGCAGGCAGUGAAACAGAUAUCUAUUGAAAACUAAUCAAAUAAUAUUAUGUUUUUCAUAGCAAGUUUUAUUUAUGCAAGCUGUAUUUUAUGGCUGUUUUAUAUCACAAUUUAUCAUAAUGUUAUUGUUUGUACAAAUGAUUUUUAUUCUAGUCUGACUAAUAUUGUUUUAUUUACAAAAACUUUUUAAGGGUACUUACAAGAUCUGAAGUCUUUCCUUCAAAUAAGUUUACAAUAAUUUAUAUGACAAAUAUCCAGCAGUAAAUGCUAACAUUGAGAUUUGAUUAAAUCUUUUUAUUGAGUAUAAAAGGUGCUAGAACUUUACAGUAAUGUGCUGCUUGUUUCUAAAUAUCCCUAACAUAUUUAUAAAUGUUUAUUUGUGAGAAAUUAAUUUUUCUAUGCAUGAAAAAAAAAUAUUAAAACACUGUAAAUUCAGAAUUUAUUGUGAGGUUUUUAUUAAGGCUAAUGAUGUAACUGGGUUAGUAUUGCAAUGGUAAGAACUUCUAUUUUGUAAUUUGAUACAUAUUUUAUGUUUACAGAUUUUUCUUAAAUCACAAUAAUUAAUCUCACACUUUUAUCCAUUCUUCAAAAAUCACAAUAAUAAAUGGACACAAUAAUUUCUGAAUAUAAAGAAACAAGAUUGAAUGGAAUCACUAUCAAUAGUCACAAAAACUAGACAUUAAUUUGCUCAUAUUUUGUAUAUAUAUCUGACUAAGCAAUUUCAUUGUUCUCAUUGCAAUAACAAGGGAAAGUUGGUGUUCUUUCAGUAAUUACAUGGUAAUCCAAUAUGUUCAACAUUGAUUGUUCAUGGCAAUAUUCUCUCAAAAAGUUAAGCAUAGAAAUGAAAAAGAAUAUACUCUUUAGAUUGAAAAUUAUAAAUUUUCAUUUUCUUUCUUGAUUUCUUUUAAAUCAUAAUAAAGUAAACAAAGGGUUAUUUCUUUAAGAACCUAAUAACUUUUUACUUUAUCAUUAAUGCCACAACAAACAAAUGUGAUAAAUAUAGACACAUGUGUCAAGUGCUUUGAGUCGUCAGUAAUUAGAGUUGAUACUGUAUAUUCAUAAAUUGUUAUGUGUGAUGUCUAUAAAGUUAGAUGUAUAUUGAAAUGUGAAAAUAAAUCGUUUUCUUGUUUAUUUGAAAAUAAUAUGAAGUAAUUUUGGAUAUUUCUUCCAAUGUAAUGUCUAUCAUAUCAUGCCUGAACAUAGAUGUACAAAUACCUAGAAUUAUAAGAAUAUAAUUUGAAUUAUGACAUCUUUUGCAGUUUUCUGGUACAAAAUAAACUUUCAAGAACAAUAGAAUGGAUUGAAUUUUGUGUAUUCCAUGUUUUCAAUUGUUGAUUCAUUGUGUUCAAUUUUCUUACUGACUUAUCUGUAAUUGUUGCUGUCCUGCCUUUGAAGUCGGUCAAAAGUCUACAAAAUCUAAGUAAACGAUCUAUUGGUAAAAUUAUAUAUAUAUCCAACUGCCUGACCAAGACUACAGCAAGUCAAACAUUGUUGAAGUGCAUGUGCCAAAAUAAAUAACAUGCAAAGUGUCCUGUUUUCUCUCUAAGUGUAUUGAAUGAAUUGUACAGUUUUAGUUGUCAUAGUAUCAAUGGUGUGAUAUUGAUUUAUAAAUUGCAACAAAUUGCCACAAGAUAAUAGCUAUUAACUUGUUCUUUGUUUUUUUAAAGCUAUUUUUCUGGGGUUUUUUUCUCAAAAGGGUGAAGACAGAAUUAAUCUAAAGAAAUGAGAUGAAAUAGAAAAUUGCACAAAAUAACUGUCAUUACACUGUAAAGCAGUAUUCAGAGAAUAGGAAGUAGCUGAUUCAAAUUAAAAUUUGAAGAAAGGAUGUUUUUCCUUGAAAGAUUUGAGAGUAAUCUCUAGCUUAUAGUUUUUUAAUUUCAAAAAUUAUAACUAACCUGUUAGUAAACCAAGAAUUAUUUUUCUAAAGGAACUACAUAUAAAAGUUAACAAAUCUCCUUAUAAUAACCAAUAAAAAUUCCCAAUCUAGCAUUUCAUUUAAGCCACCUGAUCAAAUUGAAAGUCAAGCAUAUAGCCUCUCGGUAAGAACUAUUUCAUUUUGCACUUGUACCAUUAUCAUUGCUGAUUUGAUGUAGUCUUCUAGUUGCAGUUGGUUAAACACUUGAUAAAUUGAUUAGUUUGGUUAAAUAAUUCAGUUCUGUUUGGUUAAAUAAUACAAACUGCAUUUUUCUGAAUGCAAAGGCUAAAAACCAACUUUUAGAGUGCAGUCACAAUAAUUUUUAUGUUAAUUGUUACAUGAUUAUGUUAUUUGUUUUUAUAUGUCAAUUAUUUGUUAUUUAUAUGUUCCUUUUUUGUUUUGUUUUGACUAUUUGAGCAUGUAUCAAGUCUAAAACAUCACAGCAGCAUUUUUCAGAACAAUAUAGUAGUUUCAUAAAUUAUCUAAAUAGAUGGAUUUUUUAAAAUUUGAAUGUAUUAAAUUCAAUUUUACAUUUAAAGUUUCUUUAAUGAAAGAGAUUUUUUUGUCUCUCUUCAUAGGUAAAUAAUUACUACAAAUGUGAACUAUCCCCUAUUGUACUGCUGCUGAUUAAAUAUUUUUAUGCACAGUUUAUUUUGUUUUUUUUUGGUCUGCUUUUGGUCAAUUGUCUCUUAUGUCAGGGACAUCUAAUAAUUACGUAGACCUGUUAGGAUAUUCUCAACAUUUUUUUUCACAAAUCAAAUUAAGUGAUGUAGAGCUUCUGUAUAUGAGAACAAGUUACACAUGAACUUUUGGUUUUUAUGAAAUUUUUCUUAUUUUUUGUAUCACUGUUAAGUUUUCAGGAAGGUUACUCAUUUUCAAAAAGAAAAGUUAUUAUGUACUUAUAAAAUUUGUUUAUUUGUUGUUUAUAAAUCUAUACUUAUCAUGAACAUUGUACUUUAGUGUUCGUUGUCUCUGCCACACUAAACAUUAUGCAAUUUUAUAUGUACUAUAUUUAUGUGAUACCUAUGUAUAUAUUAGCUUUGUGUACACAUUGUACAAAGAUUUGUACAUAUAUAUACAUGUCAGAAAUUAAAAGAAAGGGAAAAUGAA